AUGAACCAAACUACGCCCUCGCCGAGUCCCGUCCCCAAUGCUUCGCCUGGCUCAAAACCCACCCCCUCGCCGACCGCGGGCGCAAAGCGCAAAAGAACUGCCGCUGUCAAAUACUAUGCCGUCAAAGCAGGUCACAAGCCAGGCAUCUACUAUGGGUGGAAUGACUGCCUGGCUCAAAUAACGGGUUUCAAGGGAGCAAUCUUCCAAUCGUUUCCCUCGCAAGAAGCAGCCAACGCGUUUUUAAAUGGUACUAAGCCCCCAGCGGCCGCAUCACAGAGCUCGGAGAACACACGAUUCUAUGGCAUCCAAAGGGGCCGGGUUACUGGAGUAUACACAGAUUGGACGACAGCGCAGGAACAGAUCCGUGGGUUCCCACGGCCGCGGUAUCGCAAGUUCUCUACCCGCGAAGAGGCAGAGGAAUUUGUACGGGAAGGACAGGCCCAACCCCCAGUCGGGUUUGGCGUAGCAACGGCGCCUGCCGGCACAAUGAUUGAAGAACUAAAGGACGCAGAGGGGGUAGAGUUUGCGCCAGGCGAAGGUCCAUUGCCGACAGGAGCUGAGGAUGGCUUUGACCCCAACGUCAUUUUAGACCCAACUACUGGCAAGGUGGUGUACAAGACUGUGCCCCAGAUGGCAGCGACAAAAACACAAUCAACAGGUAUCCCGGGGAUGCUUCGGAUAUACACCGAUGGAAGUUCGUUAAGGAAUGGCACCCCAUUCGCGUCGGCCGGUGUUGGGGUAUACUUCGGGCCUGGCGAUUCAAGGUUCGUAUACCCGGGGGAUACUGUCUGUUGGCUAUCAAGUAUUCUAACUUCCGUCCCUUACCCCAGCAGAAAUGUCUCGGAGCCACUCAAAGGCAGUCGCCAAACGAACCAACGUGCCGAGUUGACAGCCAUCCUUCGGGCGAUUGAUAUUGCUCCUCGGCAUCGAGAUGUCACCAUUAUCACCGACAGCCGAUACUCGAUUGAUUGUGUCACCGUAUGGUUUGUCAACUGGCGACGCAACAAUUGGAUGACUCGGGACAAGAAACCAGUUGAGAACAAGGACCUGGUUGAGUCAAUUCUGGUCAAAAUCGAGGAACGCAAUGAACUCAAGGUCAAGACCUUAUUUGAAUGGGUUAAAGGUCAUAAUAAAGACCCAGGCAAUGAAGAGGCUGAUAAACUAGCAGUCAAUGGAGCCCAGAAGGGAGUUUCUGCUAAGGCAGAGGCGCUCCAAGCCGCCCAAGAGGUGCCCGACGAAGUGUUUGAUGAAGAUUUUUAG